AUUUCGAAGAGAGUUCUUGGAGAAGGCGCUUGCUGAUUGAAUGAACUUGAUCAGCUGGUGGCAGCAGGAGGAAGGGGGAGGAAGGGGGAGGAAGCGCGAAGAGCAAGUAGCGAGCAGCUGUCAUCAGUGAGCAGCGAGGGGUUCUGCCCAGUCCAUGCCUUGGGCACAGCUGCCAUUUUAUGAGCACUGAGUCAGCAUGUCUGCAGCUGCCGCAUUGGUGUCAAAGAGUGGCCCAGCCGUAUCGCCCAGCAGCAGUGGUGACAGUGACGUUCCGCUUGGCACUCAAGCCCUCCAGGCAUCUGCCACCAGCAGUGGGGCGAAGGGCGGAUCUAAGCCAGGUCCCAAACCGGGCACCAAGUACAAAACACGGGUGUACAAGGUCAAACCCGGGCCAAAGCCAAGGGACUCUGACGGCAAUGUGAUAGAGAAGGCGGAGUACGCACAUGGGAAUUACCACCGCGAGGUCUUGACAAAGGGCACCCUGCCCCCGAAAAGUCCGUCCGUGACGCCGUCCCCCGUUGUGAAGCACACCCCAGCCCCGUCUAAGUUCCCCGAUGCAGCGGACUUGGAUCAUAAGAGGGAUACAGACCUGCGGCGGAAGCACGAGGUGGAGCAGGCCAGGCUUGAUGGGAAGAAAGUGGCGACCCCGGACGUAAAGCGGCCGUUUUCGAGUGUUGAUGAUGUCAUCGACCGGUUGCUGCCGUACCAUGUUCUGGCCAGCUAUGACGCAGAUGAGCUAGACCUGGAGCAGUGGCAGCGGGACGAGUCGCCGCUGCUGUGCUCGCGCGCACAGGCCUGGAAGGAGCUGCUCAUCGGACGCGCCGCCGAGUUCUCCACCCAGAUGAUGCAGCAGGUCGAGCGCUUCAACCGCGUCGUGCGCCGAAAGCUCGCCGGCCACGUACCAGGGGAAGAAACGCUUUUAGCGGCGAAGCUGUUGAUCGAAGAUGAACGCGCAAAGCUGGCGGCGGAGAAGAAGCUGCGACAGGAGGAGUUGGACCGGCGGCUCGAGGAGAAGCGGGCAGAGGAGGAGCGGAGGAGGAAGCAGGCAGAGGAAGCGGAGCGGGUUAGGUUAGAGCAAGAGCGUGUUAAGCAGGAGGAGGAGAGGGUCAAGGCCGAAGAGGAGAGGGUUAAGAAGGAGGCGGCUGAGAGGAGAGCGGUCGCUGCGGUUGCGGCAGAGGGGUCAGGGGAGUCGGAGGACGAAGGGGGGGAGUCGCAGUCAGGGGAGAGGGACGGGGAGGGCAACAGUGGGGGUGAUGAAGAGGAAAGCGAGGAUUCGGAUGGCGCCGGCAUCCUGAUCAAUAAACCAUCUCAUACAACAGAUGGUAGUGAGCUUGUAAACUUCAACAAUCCUUUCUUGGGGUCCUCUGACUGGACGAAGCAGGGAUCAGGUCUGAAAGGAGCGGGAUAUCCGCUCAAGAGCAGUGAUAGUGGCACCCGAACAACAUCUGGAAUAGAUUGAUUGUCUCUGCCUUUAGAGUGACGUCGACUUUCGUACGCGCGCAUCUGCUGGAACAAGUUGCAUACCGAUUACCUUGUCGAAAGACGUGUUCUGGAAUGUGCUUGAGAACGACAUGCAUGCUGCCCAUGGUGGGCCCGACCGGA